AUGGACACCACCGGCGCCGCAGCCGCCGCCGCCGGCGGAGGCGGAGGCAGCGAGGAGGAGGACCAGGCCCGCCUGGCCGCCAUCACCGACAACCUCAAGGCCCGUGACUCGAUCCGGCUGUACACCUGGCUCUCGCACCGGUGCUUCUCCGACUGCGUCACCACCUUCUACCGCAAGACGCUGGGCAAGCGCGAGGGGGACUGCGUCCGCGCCUGCGUCCGCAAGUACCAGCUCGCCACCGCCGCGUCCGCCGCCCGCUUCAACAAGCUCGCCGACCCCUCCGCCGCCGCCGCCGACGACGACGAGGACGACUGA